GGCGAAACUGACCAUGCCGGAGACACGACGGACUAGGGUCAAACCUGAAGAUGCUUACAAUAUAACAAUGGCGAAAUUUCAGAGCGUAUUGGAAGCAAUAUCUAUCGGCGCUGUUGAUGGCAUCACACUGGCGUCCACCGUCGUUGUCAACCAGAUCGUCUUCAUCGCCGCUAUUGAAUUUAUAGACACCGCAUUUCAAUGGUUUGGGCACAGGGUGGGAGUGGAAGGCGUCACGUUCUCGGUAUGUGUACCUCCUUUUGUGGAGCUGACGUAGUGGGAUGACGUAUAGCAUUGGCGAAUCAUUUAUGCGUUCUGAUUAUAAGAGUACACUUUCAGCAACCAGCGUUUGUCGUAAAAGGCAACUAAAGUGAACGGUGGUAGAUCGAUGCUCAUGAUGUCUGUCACUGGAUUGUCUAAUUCAACUUUGUUAAGUUAUACACCUUCGUCGAUUGUGAUCGACGCAAACCUGAACUUGUUAUCGUGAUGAGAUCAAUACAUUUCGUAUGAACUUGGGAACUGAAACACUUUACCUUUCAACUGUCACAAUAUCCUGAAAUAUAUACCACAUCUUUAAAUGUUGACAUUAUUUCAAUUUCGUCCGUGAAUCCAAACAUAGUUCAGU